AAGAUGUCAGCGCCCUGUGCACUAUUAGCCAGUUGCACAAAUUUGGAUCCCAAGGUCCUUGUGAAAGGUAUCUUGGAUACAGAAGAUCUGCCAGAUCCUGAGAAUGUCCUCGAAGAUAUCAGCUCGUACGCAUGGCACAUUGACACCAAGUAUUACACAGCAGAUGUCUCAAUCUGCACAACACAAAAGAAAACUAUUGGAGAUGCAGAAUUUGCUAGUAAUGUCCAGGCUAUCAUAUUGCAUUUUGAUAGCAAAGAGGCUAGUUCUUUUGCCAUGGUUAACUCGUGGCUUCCAUUUGCGAGCGAGAUUGAACCAGAGAUACAGAUUCUGCUUUGUGACUGCUGCAGAUAUGAAGAUGUUGUGGCAAAGUCCAAAGUCCAUGAUUGGUGCUUGAAACACAAUUUCGAGCUUGUGGAAAUGAAACCAGAUGAAGACAGUGAUUCUGAAGAAGAUGACUUCCGAGAACCAAGGGGCAUGGAAAGAGUGAUCAAGGCAUUACACGCCCAUAUGUGGCCAAAUCUAGUCAUGAAAGACCCUAGAUCAGCUCCAUUCCGCAGUCCAUUCAUGCAGCAGAUGAUUGCAGCAGAGGCUACAGGUUCAAAAUUGCCAGAUCUUGGUUUAGGAGAACACAAUGAUGACAUAGAAACAGAGACAAACUUGGGCUGUCACAACGAUGAUAUCGCCGAUCGAUUAAAACCAAAACAAGAGACAGAUGAGUGUGAUGAAGAUUCGAUAUCUCCCGUUGGUUGUCAUGCAGCAGCCACUGGUGGUGGGAAUGCCUUGGGUUCAAAUAAAACUGCUGCUUUGAAAGAAGACGCUUCAAACAACAUAGAUUCCUUAUUAGGCGAUGACAUGGCAUUGUUUAGUGCAUUGGGAAAUGAAGAUCCAAGUUCUGAAUCAUUUGAGGAAUUAUUCACAAAAAUGAAAGUAAUGAAAGACAAAGCUGAGACCCUUCCCCCAGACGAAAGAAAAGCCUAUGCUGAAAAGGUUGCCAUAUCCUUCUGGAAAGCAAUUGGUGGGAAUGAGGAUGAGAUUGGAGGACUAUCAGAUAGUGACUGAGAAUAGAAUUCAUAAUCACUAGAAAGACAUUCCAUUAAAUCAUGUAUAAAACCAAGUAUCUGUAGCCUACUGUAAAUGACACCUUGGACAAUGUUUUGAACUGACUCCCUGCUCCAGCGUGUGAUUAGGAAAAGUUUGUAUGUCGGUUGAACAUUCUGUUGAAUGGGCUCAUGUUACAGUACAGAUAUCAUAUUUGUGGUUAUAUAGUGCCAAAAUUACGAUUAUUGCUAUUGAAAAAUACUGUGGUAUCCGCAUGCUAUUGCCUAACUGAACUCUCAAGGUCUGUUUUUUGCCAAUGUGCCAACUGCACAUUUGUACUGUGUGUUGAAACAGAAUUCCAUGAAAGGGAAUCAUAUAAAUUGUACCUUCAUAAUAAAGGUCUUAUGUAAACAA